AUGGCAGGAAAAAACUGGAAACAAUAUUUUGAUUUCUGUGCUAUUGAGAAAAGUCGAACGAAUGGACUCUGUAAAUUGUGUCAUCGUAAUUAUAAAGAUAAAAGUGGGGUAUUCAGCAAUUUUUUAAAGCAUUUAAAACGACAACAUCCAUUUGAAUAUAAUCAAGUGUUCAAAAGCGAACAUGAAUAUUUCACUGAAGAUAGAGAUGGAAUUGAAGAUGGUCAUGAACCCAUUGAUUUAACAAAUAUAAAAGAGAAAGAGAAUCGAAUUAUUCUAUCUAUUACAAAAAAUUUGAUCAUUCGAUGUAAUUUACCAUUAAAUUUGGUUGAGAAACCUGCUUUUCGUGAUUUCAUGAAAGAAUGUAACUUAAAAUAUCGACCUGUUUCGACGAAAAGAUUGAAACAUGAUGUUAUUCCUUCAUUAACGAGUACAGUCCUAACACGUAUCCAUGAAAAAUUGAUCACUGCUGAUCAUGUCACAUUAACUGUGGAUGUUUGGUCGGAUCGACGCUGCCGAUCUUUCAUUGGUAUUACUUGUCAUUUUAUAGAUCAGAAAAUGAGUACACAAGCAUAUUUAAUUGAUUUUUUUCGAUUUAAAUCUCCUCAUACCAGUGAAAAUAUUCAACAAAUGACCGAUGAAGUACUUGAACGAUUUAAUAUUAAGAAGAAAGUAUUUAGAAUAGUUACUGACAACGCAUCAUCGAUGGUUAAGGCGUACAAAUUUGGCUUGUCAGUUGAUACUGAAAAUAUUGAAGUUGACGAGAAAAAUCAAUUGAUCAUAGAGAAUGAUUUGAUGAUUGAAGAUUUUGAAGAACAUUUUGAACCGGACAAUCUACAAAUGGUGAAUAUGAGUAGUAGUGCCUUUGACGAAAAUGAAGAUUCACCAUCGGUACGAUUAUCUUGUUUCGCGCAUACUCUACAACUAUGUAUACGUGACGGACUGAAGAACGUACCUUAUAUUUCCAAAGUACUUGAAAAGUGCCAAAUAUUAGGGAAGUGUUCUAAUCAAUCAUCGAAAAUUGCUGAUGUAUUGGAAGAAAUAAAUAAGCAUAUCAGUAAAAUGAAUAUAACACGAUGGAAUAGUGAAUAUAUGUUGAUGAAAUCGAUUCUAUCCAUUGGGAAAAGUGAUCUCGACUCGAUUGUAAAGUUAAUGGACAAUUCAGUUACUUUUCUAAAUAAUGAUUUUACGGUUCUAGAAGAAGUUGUCGAUAUCUUAGAACCCUUCUAUGAUAUUUCGAUCAAAUGUCAAUCGGAUACCAUUGUUACUGUUAGUAUAGUUGUGCCUGCUCUUGUACACUGUAUCACUCAUUUAUUGGAAAUAAGAAAAAAACUUUCGUUUUGUACUAAACUUGUUGAACAACUUCAUACAUCGAUUGACAAACGUUUCUCUGGAAUUAUACAUCGAUUGAAUCUAAUAAAUGUAGAAAAAAAUGAGCCCUUCAAUGAUCCUCUUUAUUUUAUGGCUACGAUAUUGGAUCCAUCAUUUAAAUUCUAUUGGCUUCGUGAUCUUAAUUUGCCUAUCAAUAAUGAAAAUCGAUUAAAACAAAACAUAAUUCAACUAAUUGUUGAUGAAAUCAGUCAAGAUUCAUCCUCAACAUUACCGAAAGCUUCAUCAGAAGCAGUAUCGGUUCCAUUAACGACAUCGAAACGGAACAAGAAGUUAUUUGUAUACAAUGAAUAUGACGAGAAGUCCAACGACACAAUGGUAUCUGAUCCGGUUACUGAAAUAGACAGCUAUGUAAAUGAUCCGAUAAGAACAAGAUUUUCAGAUUACUGGUCAACUUCUCGAUUGACUUCUUUAAAGAAACUAGUGAAGCGUAUUUUCUCCGUUCAAGCUUCAUCUGCACCAGUAGAAAGAGUAUUUUCACAUGCGGGUCUAAUUCUUUCAUCGCGACGAACUAAUAUGAGCGAGCGGUUAUUCAAAGAUUUAGUAUUCUUGAAAGUAAAUCAAAGUUUAUUGUAA